AUGGCUGAGAUUAUGAAGCAGCGUCUGAACCAGAAGCUGAUGUUAUUGGAGAAUGCUGUGGCCCGUAUUUCCUCAAUGAAGGCCGAACUCCGAACCAAUGCCGAGAAGGUCAGGAGGGAUAUCGCGGGUGCUGUGAAGCAUCAGAUAUCUUGCCUGAGGGCUCGAGAACAGGAAUUGCUGGGCCAAUUGGACCAAGUUGUCGGAGUUCGAGAGGAAAGCUUCAGCGAUCAACAGGAUGUAUUGAGUAAAGCUAUUGGUAUGUGGUCUGAAUAUGAUGUUAUUAGUGAUUUAGGAGCUUGUCAAAACAGUCUGGAGACAAUGAAGGCCACUGGAGAGGAGAACCUGGCAUCCGUCGAAAAAGCAUUGAUUCGGUUAGUUCUUGUCUACAAAAUAGUAAACACAUUGCUUUAUUUAUCUCUCUGUCUGGCUUGUUUACAUCCCGUAUUAUCAAUUAUGUGGAGAUUACUAUUGAAAUACGGUAAUGGAUUUGAUUUUCAGGCUUAAUGCGCUGAGUCUUAAACCAAAAGGCAAUCCCAGUAUUGCUUUCGAAUUUGAUUCAACUGAAUCUCGUCUGGUUACUUCUACGUUUGGGAAGCUCUUUACAGACGUACACAAUCAAUUGGAGAGUCUGCCAAUGGAUAUGGAAAUGUAUGAAGAUGACUUCUUGUCUCAUAAGUCCGUCAUGAAACUUCCAAUGGACAAAGAAUCUUCUCAAAGUACGGCGAGCGAAGAUUCGAACUGUUCUUUCGAGGUAAUCGACCCAGCACUCAUUGAUAAGAGUCUCCCCAUUGUCGGCGCUUAUAUCGAUCAGGUAGGGGAAUUUCAACAAAACACUUUUAUGAGGCGCGUUGAAAUAAUUCUUUAUCAAUUAUUUUGCAAUGCAAAAGUCUCACCACUUUUAAAUUAUUAAAACAUUUUGAUUGAUGGGUGCGUAAUAAGAUUAUGAACUGAUUUUAUGUUGCAAUGAUAGAUGAAAUAAGUUUCCGUCGUUUAGGUUGUAAACUCAAGUAACAAUAAGUGGCUCCGUGAAGACUGUCAGACACCAACUGCCCCUCAACUUUUUUCUAAACGCGAUUCUUAUCAUUCUCUUCCGAUGGAUGCCUUCAGACCUCCAUCAGUGACUUCUCAUACUGAUGAGUUCAAAUUUGGAAAUGUGAUUCGAGAGAUCCAGGACUCAGAAAACAAGAAAUGGCUUUUACAAACUCCAGCCUCGACCAGUGUUGAAGACAUAAGCCAGAAACUGUCAUCCCGCCUUUGCUUGUCUUCUCCUACCGUCUCUGUCAUCAAGAAAUCUGAUUCUGAAUGGCUUCUGAAGCCAAAGUUAACGCCUUCCUUGGAACAUGUUCCUUAUUCCAAUUCAACCGGUCAUCAGGUGCCCCCAGGGUAUAACCACGUUCCUUUCCUCCGAGAAAUAAUGGAAUCCAAGGAGAAUCAGAGCCAGUCCAUCGAUCGAAACAAAUGGCUGGCCAAGUAA